GCGGCGCUGCUGGGCCUGGACCCGGAGGACCUGCGCGGUAGCCUCACCACGCGCGUGAUGCUCACCACGGCAGGGGGCGCCAAAGGAACGGUCAUCAAGGUACCCUUGAAAGUGGAACAAGCAAACAAUGCUCGUGAUGCCUUGGCUAAAACUGUAUAUAGUCAUCUGUUUGACCAUGUAGUGAACAGGGUAAACCAGUGUUUUCCAUUUGAAACUUCUUCUUUCUUCAUUGGAGUUCUAGAUAUAGCUGGUUUUGAAUACUUUGAACACAACAGUUUUGAACAAUUCUGUAUUAACUACUGUAAUGAGAAACUGCAGCAGUUUUUUAAUGAAAGGAUUCUGAAAGAGGAACAAGAACUUUACCAAAAAGAAGGCCUGGGUGUUAAUGAAGUGCGCUAUGUAGAUAAUCAGGACUGUAUAGAUUUGAUUGAAGCAAAAUUAAUAGGUGUACUGGAUAUUUUGGAUGAAGAAAAUCGUCUUCCCCAACCAAGUGACCAGCAUUUUACUUCAGUUGUGCACCAAAAACACAAGGACCAUUUCAGACUCUCUAUUCCUAGAAAGUCUAAAUUGGCUGUUCACAGAAAUAUCAGAGAUGAUGAAGGCUUUAUUAUCCGACAUUUUGCAGGAGCAGUGUGCUAUGAGACGAUGCAAUUUGUGGAAAAAAACAAUGAUGCUUUGCACAUGUCCCUUGAAUCUCUUAUAUGUGAAUCCAAGGACAAGUUUGUUCGACAGCUAUUUGAAUCUAACACUAACAACAACAAGGAUCCCAAACAAAAAGCUGGGAAACUUAGUUUCAUCAGUGUGGGAAACAAAUUCAAGACUCAGUUAAAUUUGCUUCUUGAGAAGCUUCACAGUACUGGGUCUAGCUUUAUUCGCUGUAUCAAACCUAAUUUAAAGAUGACAAAUCACCAUUUUGAAGGAGGACAGAUCCUCUCUCAGCUUCAGUGUUCAGGAAUGGUGUCUGUUCUGGAUUUGAUGCAAGGUGGUUUCCCUUCGCGAGCUUCGUUUCAUGAACUAUAUAAUAUGUACAAGAAAUACUUGCCUGAAAAAUUGGCUCGACUGGAUCCUAGGCUCUUUUGCAAGGCACUGUUUAAAGCCUUGGGACUGAAUGAAAAUGAUUACAAAUUUGGGCUAACCAAAGUGUUUUUUAGACCCGGCAAGUUUGCAGAGUUUGAUCAGAUAAUGAAGUCUGAUCCGGAUCACUUAGCAGAGCUAGUUAAACGAGUGAAUCGCUGGCUUAUCUGCAGUCGUUGGAAGAAAGUUCAAUGGUGUUCUCUCUCAGUGAUUAAAUUGAAAAAUAAGAUAAAAUAUCGAGCCAGUGCCUGCAUUAAAAUACAAAAGACUAUUCGUAUGUGGCUUUGCAAGAGAAAGCACAAACCACGCAUUGAUGGUCUGAUAAAAGUGCGCACGCUGAAGAAGAGACUUGAUAGAUUUAAUGAAGUAGUAAGUGCUCUGAAGGAGGGGAAGGCAGAGACAAGCAAGCAGGUGAAGGAGCUGGAGUAUUCUAUUGAUGCUUUGAUGACCAAAAUUAAGACCACUAUAAUGACUAGGGAACAGAUACAGAAAGAAUAUGAUGCUCUAGUUAGAAGCUCAGAGCAGCUUCUGAGUGCACUGCAGAAGAAGAAACAGCAAGAGGAGGAAGCAGAGAGGCUACGACGCAUCCAGGAGGAGAUGGAAAAAGAAAGAAAGAGACGUGAAGAGGAAGAACAACAACGAAGGAAAGAAGAAGAGGAAAGACGUCUGAAAUCUGAGAUUGAAGCAAAGAGAAAACAGGAGGAAGAAGAGAGGAAAAAGAGGGAAGAGGAAGAAAAGCGUAUUCAGGCUGAAAUUGAGGCUCAGCUAGCUAGAGAACGAGAAGAGGAAACCCAGCACCAGGCAGUGCUUGAACAGGAACGUCGUGAUCGUGAACUUGCAAUGAGAAUUGCCCAGAGUGAGGCAGAACUCAUCAGUGAUGAGGCUCAGCUUGAUUUAGGACUGCGCAGAGCCAAUGGAACAAAGCUGCAAAUGACUGCGGAACAAAUGGCCACAGAAAUGUCAGAAAUAUUGUCUAGGGGUCCUUCAGUUCAAGCCACGAAAGCUGCUGCUGGUACUAGGAAGCAUGAUCUCAGUAAGUGGAAAUAUGCAGAGCUCCGCGAUACAAUCAAUACCUCCUGUGAUAUUGAACUGUUGGCGGCUUGCAGAGAGGAGUUUCACAGAAGGCUAAAGGUAUAUCAUGCUUGGAAGUCCAAGAAUAAGAAACGGAAUGCAGAAGCAGAACAGCGUGCUCCCAAAUCAGUCACAGACUAUGCUCAACAGAACCCAACAACCCAGCUACCAACCAGACAACGAGAGAUUGAAAUAAACAGACAACAGCGUUACUUCCGCAUUCCCUUCAUCCGUCCCGCGGACCAAUACAAAGAUCCCCAGAACAAGAAGAAGGGUUGGUGGUACGCGCAUUUUGAUGGGCCAUGGAUUGCUCGACAAAUGGAACUUCAUCCUGACAAGGCACCCAUUCUCCUUGUAGCGGGUAAGGAUGAUAUGGAUAUGUGUGAGCUUAACCUUGAAGAGACUGGCUUAACUCGAAAACGAGGUGCUGAAAUUUUGCCGAGACAGUUUGAAGAAAUUUGGGAGCGCUGUGGAGGUAUCCAGUAUCUUCAAAAUGCAAUUGAAAGCAGACAAGCUCGUCCCACGUACGCUACAGCUAUGCUGCAGAACCUGCUGAAAUAAAUUUUGCACAGUAGCGUUCGAGCUGAGAACCCUUGCCCGUGAUACAAAGGGAAGAGUUCCUCUGUGCAACAGAGGACGUAAACAUUCCGUAAUCAUAUUAGAGAUGUUUAAUAUAAAGUGAACAGAUUUUAUUAAUCAU